GAAAGAGAAUCUGCAUCAUACACCAGACAGCACCGUGCAGCUGGAUAGACCCGUCCUGGCCUUUAGAGAGAGCAUCAGCCACUGUAUUCCUGUGUGUAGAGCUAAUCUUCCAUCUCUCUCUAGUUUAGUAGCAGUUUCUGUCUCUCUGUUCCCUGAUUCUCCUUCAUCCCUCCACCCAUCCUCUGAUCCUAGAUCCAUCCAUCUAUUCUCCUAUCCUAGCUCCAUCCAUCUGUAGACCCAGCUGGUCAUAGACCCAUCUCCAGUCCUAGAUCCGUCCAUCCAAACUCUCAUUCCUAGAUCCAUGUCUGUCAAUCCAUUCAUCCAUUCUCGUCCCUCGCUCCCUAGAUCCACAUCCAUCUGUCUAUCCCCAGGGAAGAUCUGCAAUCCCAGAUGCUGGAUAAAUCCAGUAAUUUGCUCACCUUAUCAAGAGCCGUAUCUCUGAGCUCUGUGGCAGACUCACCUGGUUUCUGGGCAGACGCUCCAACAUUUGGGAUCUGCACUCUCUUGCAACCGGCUGGAAUUUCUGCGACAGCUUCGUUUGAAUGAAAAAACAGGAGUGGGUGGGUGAGGAUCUGUGGCCUGCAAGGUGUAGGAGUUCAGACCAGAUGAUCAUGAUGGUCCCUUCUGGCCUUAAUGGCUAUGAGAAUAUUUUAGUGCAUUUCUGAUGGCCACCAUCUUGGCCAACACCCUGCGGAUUGAACUGGGGACCUCAAAAUCUAAAAGCACAAGUUGCUACAGCUUGAGCUAGAAGAGCUGGGGGAAGUAGCCAUUUGUGUUCUGGGUAGAUCAGCAGGGAAUGUGAUCUCUUAACUCUCACUCUCCAGUGAGUGACACAUUCAGUACGGAAAUGAACGAUCCAGUCUGCACAGCAGCCCUGGGUUGGCAAAUCCGAUGUUAAAUCCAGUCUAGUUGACACUGGCUCCACGUGUUCUGUUUGCAGCAUGCUAAAGAUUUGUGUGGGGAGCGAGAGAUUAGAGACAUCUCAGGAAGGGAGGGAUAGAUCCUAUGGGGAGAAGGAUGGAGGGACAAGUAUUGUCGAGGGAAGGAUUGAUGGAGGGAAGGAUGGGUGGAUGGAUACUGCACAGGGGUGGAUAGAAAACAGAGGGGAGGGUGGAUGGAUUAGUUUAGAUAGAUGGGAAUGUAUAGGGAUGGCUAGAUACGGCUGUGGGGAUGGGGAGGGAUGGACAGAUGGAGCUGGGGGACUAGACAGACCGACGCCCAGGCUAGCUAGCCAAAAAGUUGCUGACAUACCUGCUGCCCAGGUGGGGAUGAGGAGGACAAUGCAGAGGACGGGGCUCAGAGCUAGCAGCUGCUUCAUGGUCCCCGCUGUCUUGGGCAGCUCCGCGGGGCCCGCUCAGCUCCGCCUCAGCAUCCUCCGGAAGCGUCAGCCUACGAGGGCCGGUGGAAGCAUUUGUGGUCAGCACCUCUGAGAUGGGCCGGAUAAGGGGGGGAGGAGAGUUACGUGUGCGUCUGUGCUAUUAAACGUGACAGGGGCCUGUGUACGUGUCUGUGACCAUGUGCGACCCCUGCUGGCAUGGAUCAGCCCCGCUCCUCUGUGUGUCCUGGACCCCAGACCACCCACAGCUGUGGGGGAUUCCCCUCUACUCAGAGCUGGGGUGGCCUGUGAAUAGGGAGCAGGGGGAGUGGGGUCCCCGUCCGCACACCUCCUUGUAGCUCCCCAUCAGCCUUGGGAUGUAGCAGAGGGACAGCUGGCCUGUCUGUAAGGUAGGCGGGUUUGGCACCGUGUGUUUUAUUGGGGGGGGAGGUGGAUGGAAGAGGGUGGAACGGGGCAGGAUGGAUGGAUCGAUCCGUCCUCAGCGCCUUCGGUCUGUCUGUCAGCAAUUCAUCCUGUCCAUCUGUCUGUGGAGAAGGCCCUGUCUGCAUCCACCCAUCUCUCCGUCCAACCACCACUCCAUCCAUCUGUCUGUGGUAGGGCCCUGUCUGCAUCUGUCCACCCAUUGCUGUGUCCAUCCAUCCAUCGCUCUGUCCAUCUGUCUUUGGUAGGGCCCUGUCUCCAUCCAUGGCUCCAUCCAUCUGUCUGUGGUAGGGCCCUCUGUCCAUCCAUCCAUCCAUCCAUCUGUAAUACACUCUCUAUUUGUCUAUAGUGCUGUCCCCCUCCCCUCUGUAAUAUGCUCUCUCUUUUCAUCCCGCACAUCCCAUUUUCCCAAUCCACCCCCGUCACCUCCAGCUCCCCCCUGACAGUGGAAACCCCCCAGUGAUCCUGACACCGACACGUAGCUCCCAGCUGUCCCUGGCAUAGCUGAUCUCCUCCAGCGGUCCCUGGAGUCAGCAGCUCCCUCCGGGAUCCACUGGGGGAUCAUUUCGGGGCAGUGAGAGGGGGCUGGGACCCACGGAGCGAUAAGGAAACCAUCACCACUGGGGGGCCACAGCCCUAAGGCCAGCGGCUGCGUCAGAGAGGCCGAGGGCCCCGGGGAUGCAGAAAUGAGCCCGUCCUCCUGCUGAACCCAACACCCCUGGUCAGUUUCGCUUUCACACCCACCUGUGCACAGGCCCAGUGACCUCCUGGCUGCCUGGUAUCUCAGCAGGCGCCUCCCCCCUCGCCAGCCACAAGAGUUUCCAUCUCGCGCCUGGGCUGCUCGCUCCAGAGCAGCCGUUUCUUGUCGUCCCUGGGUCCCGUCUGCUCGAUGAUCCCGGUCUGCGACUCCUGGGGCGGCUCCCAGCCUGCGAAGAGCAUGGGGCGGCUGCCGGCCCCUAGCAUCAUCUGCUUCGUCUUCCUCGUCCCCUCGAUAGCAGCUGGUGAGACAAGCUCAGAGUUAUGCGGGCACUGGAGAUAGAAUCCAGGAGUCGUGGCUUCCAGGCCCCUUGCUCUAACCCACUAGACCCCCACUCCCCGCCCACAGCCCGGGAGAAAACCCAGGAGUCCUGGCUUCCAGCCCUCCCUGCUCUAAUGCACUAGACCUGCACUCCCCUCCUAGAGCCGAGGACAGAACCCAGGAGUCCUGGCUCCCAGCCCCCCUCCCCUGCUCUAACCCACCCCCACUCCCCUCCCAUAGUGGUAUGGAGAGAUGGUUUCAGAAUACAUAGACAGCUGAGGACAGAUGGAUGGAAAGGGAGAGAGGGGAGGGGUGUUUAGGGGAAUAGAUGGAUAAAGAGAGAUGGAGUGGGUGUUUGGGGGUGGAUGGAUGAAAAGGGAGAGAGAUGGAGGGGGGUGGAUGGAUGGAAAGGGAGAGAGGGAGGGGUUGUUUGGGGUGGAUGGAUGGAUAGAUAGGGGAAUACGUGCAGGGGUUGUACCGGGAUGGAUAGGUUUAUUCUAGAGGGUUGUCUGGCCUACCAUCGUUAAGGUUUAGACCAGCUUUGUCUUUAAAGCUUGACUCUCCUAAGUGCUCUAAAGUCCGCAUGGUUACUUGCAUUGCCUUGAAAUGCGAUGUGCUUCCCGGGGCUGCAGGCUGGGGUUCGUGGGUAGCGGGGUGUGGAGGGGAAUGGGUGGUUCAGGUUAGCGGUGGAUGCAUGGCUAGGCGGACAGAACUGAGCAUGGAUGGAGGGAAGGCCAAAUAACUGAGGACAGAGGGAUGGACAAAGCUGAGGGUGGAUGGAUGGAAGGAGAGAUGGAUGGAUGGAUGGAUGGAUGGAGCUGAAGACAGACGGACGGAUGGAUGGAGCUGAGGGUGGAUGGAUGGAUAGGUGGAGCUGAGGACGGACAGGCGGGUGGAUGGAUGGACAGACAGGUGGAUGGACGGAGAUAAGGUCAGACAGACGGGUGGAUGGAUGAGAGAGCUGAGGAUGAAUGGACGGACAGACAGGGCUGAGGAUGGGUGGGUGGAUGGACAGAUGGAUCUGGGGGUGGCUGGAUGGCGCAGGGGAUAAACAAGUGGAUGGAUGGACAGAUGGACAGAGCUGAGGACAGAUGGAUGAGGCUGUGGACAAAUGGGUGGGUGGCCAGACAGAUGGACAGAGCUGAGGACGAACGGAUGGACAGAGCCGAUGGUGGAUGGACGGAAAGUGCUGAGGACAGACGGGUCUCAGGCUGGGUAGAGCGGUCGAGUGAUAGAUGAUAGACAGACAGACUCUGCUGCGGGAAGGCCAGGGGGACAGACAGACAGACGCGGACAGCGCCCCGUGACAGCAGCACAGUCCCUGCCCUGUGUCCAUCACAUGGCUCGUUCUCCCUGCAGGUCUCGGGGUUCAGCAGCUGCCCCCCACGGCGAGCGUCCUGGCCGGGGGCAGCAUCACCCUGAGCUGCACCUUCCACAGCCACAACCAGACCGGGACACAAGUCACCUGGGCCAGGGGCUCCCAGGAGGCCAUCGUGCUGGACCCUGACCACCCCUUCUACCAGGGGCGGUUGGCCAAGAGCCAGCGGAACCAGCAGGGCCGGGCAGAGGCCACGGUGACCCUGUCAGAGCUGAUGGAGAGGGACACAGAUCUCUACCACUGCUACAUCACCCACCCGCAGGGCGAGCAGGCGAAGGGCACGGGGACCACCCUGACUGUGACGGGCAGAGGUGAUUUGGGGGGCUUGGGACAUGGGGUCUUUCCUUCUCGGGGGGUGCCGGCUCUGAUCUGGGCCCAGGGCAGGGACUGGCUGGCUCAGGAGGGUGGGGAAUGGGGCAUUUCCCCUCUAGGGGGUGCCAGCCCAUGAAUCUCCUAACCCCUCAUUUCCGUUGUCUAGAGUCCCAGGGGGACGGGAGCUCUGUUCCCAGAACAGCCAACCCGGGGCUGCUGGGUGGUCGGGUCAUUCACUUUGCAUUGACUGCGCUAAAUUCUUCUCUUAUUUUUAAUUCAAACAAAGCUGUAACAGAAAUUCCAGCCAGCUGCAAGAGAGCGCUGGUCCCAUAUGUCGGAGCAUCUGCCCAGAAACCAGCUGGUCUGGGAGUUUCCCAGGAGCCCAGGUCCCUCCACAUGACAGCCGGGGAGAACAUGACCCUGAGCUGCACCUUCCAGAACAGACAUGGCAGCAGAGCCAAGAUAAUUUGGCUCAGGGGAUCCGGAGAGGAUCUGGAGCUGGAUUCUAACCACCCCUUCUACCGGGGGCGGCUCCGUGUGUCCAGGAUGGACGAGCACAGACAGGGGAAGGCGACGCUGACCCUGGCUGAGCUGCAGGAGCAGGACUCCGGCCUCUAUCAGUGCUGCAUCGAACUCGACCGUGGGGAGACAGGGAUGGGAGGAGGCACCGAGCUGAGAGUGAUGCGGAGAAACCAGAGUGCGACUGGGGCUGCAGGGGAACGUGAGCUCUGUCGGGUCUUUGGGCCCCUCUUUUACCGAGCCAUCAUCUCCCUGUCAUUCGUCGUUCUCUUCUCCCUGGGAAUCAUCCUCAGCCUGCGGCCUUGGAACGGUACCGCCUCCACGCGGGUUCUGCCUUCACUUCCUGUCCCAAACAGUUACAUGGCAUCAUUGCACGGGCUGGUAACCAGCCCCUGCCCCACCCCAGAGCAGCUGCUUCUCAGCACUGUGCGAGGGAUCCCCAUGUUACCAGGCCCCACAACCCACUCCAGAGGGGCCGUGUCCCAGCGCCGCGUGAGGGGUCCCUGUAUAAACAGCCCCUGCGUUCUACCCCAGAGGUGGAAUCAGUCUCUUUCUGGUAUUUAUUGGGCUCCAUCCCCGUAGCGUUUCCCCCCAGUCUGUUCAGUGACGCUCUUGUUCUGUUUCCCAGCUGUCCCCGUGGAUCCCGCAGUGGGUGCUGGCUCCAAGCCGCCCCCGGCACCAGGACAGGUGUCUCUUAUUUAGCUCCUCAGGGGGCCAGUCACCGGCCGGAUUUUCCCAGCUCCAGGUUCAGAAGCCGUCAGACUUCGCUGGACUCUGAGCCACCUGCUGGGGGCUUCUGCGUGGGCGGGGCUUCUCCGCUCUCCUCUGCUUCUGUCUGUGGGUCUGACCUCCACAUCAUGGGUGUGAGAAGAACAGUAAAGAAAAGGAAAUAUUUCUCCAGAUUCAUUCCGUGUUGGACAAUAUUUUUCCUUUUACGAAUGUAAAUUACAUGGUGUAAUGGAGUCAGCUGCCAGAGAAAACCGAAUUCUAGAGAAAAGGUACCUGGUUUAUACAGGAAAAACCGGUCUGGAGCAGGCUUGAUUUGUCAGAAGGAAUUUGCCGAUUCAAAGAGACACGUGUUGCAAAAAUAGAUAUAUUUCAAUGUGUGGAAAUAAAAUCCAUUACGUGAAAA